GCAGCCUGCGCGCGCUCCGGCUGGACUACCGCACCGCGCCGCGCGAGCAGGUGGGGAGAUGUAGCCCAGGCUUAGAGCGGACAGCCUUCACUGACACACACACACACUAAAGAAAAGAGGAAAAAACUCAAAAUCAUGAUUACAGCGCGGAGAGAAGACGACGAGGUGGAUGGAAGAGCCGCGGAGGUGAAAUAGAUCGGAUCCGCCGCGAUGAGCGCCACCUUCCCGAAAUCUGAUUCCACAACCUCGUUACUGAAAUCCUCGAGGGGAUCGACACACCUCCCUAAUCAGACUUCAGAGAUCCGGAGAGGUCAGCAUCAGCAGCAGCCCCGCCGCCGUCCCGUCGCGCUCCAGGGCAGCAGCGGCAAAACGGACGAGUCCUUCUGGUCGGCCGAGGGCGACGUCAGCGCGCGGAGACCCCUGUGUCAUCCCUCCCUCACCGGCAGCCAGGACGUGGGGACCGCCGCGGCCUCUCGGGGCGACUGCAAGCCCCACGCCCCCCACAGCCAAGUUCCCGUCCAGCCGGGGCCAAACUGCGAGUCGGACCGCGGGUUGACCGAGCGGAUCCGGACUAACCCCAAACCCUCCCACCGCCACCACCACCACCAUCACCAUCACCACCACCACCGCAGGAAGCACCACCGGGAAGACCACCCGAAUGACGCGGAGCAUCCCCGUCCCUGUCACCAGCUCACCCACAGGGCGCCCUCGCUGUCAGACAGCACCGACGACAGGGCCCCGCUGUGUGAACCGAGGGACAGGAAGAGGGGCAGCUUGGCCAGCGGCGGCGGCGACGGUCAGGUCAGCAGUCCGUCCCCGUCUUCCUGCUCACCUGUCCCGCCGUCCAGCAGGUCGUCCCGCCGCUCCAGGAGGUCCAGCACCACUUCCUCUGCAUCUGACGUCAAUUUAAGGAGCGUCCUCAAUUCACUGUUCGGGCAGGACAGAGAGCUGCGGCCAGAAGAAAUGGACGAGCUGCGAGAUGCUUUCAAGGAGUUUGACAAAGACAAGGACGGCUUCAUUAGCUGUAAAGACCUGGGGAACUGCAUGAGGACCAUGGGAUACAUGCCGACAGAAAUGGAGCUGAUAGAACUGAGUCAACAGAUAAACAUGAACUUGGGAGGUCAUGUGGAUUUUGAUGAUUUUGUGGAACUAAUGGGCCCAAAACUCCUCGCCGAAACUGCAGACAUGAUUGGGAUAAAGGAGUUAAAAGACGCAUUCAGGGAGUUUGACACAAAUGGGGACGGUGCCAUAAGCACCACUGAGCUAAGAGAUGCAAUGAGGAAGCUAUUGGGCCAACAAGUAGGUCUCAAAGAGGUAGAAGAUAUCCUGAGGGAUGUGGACUUAAACGGUGACGGACUUGUUGACUUUGAAGAGUUCGUUCGAAUGAUGUCUCGCUAAGUUCGAACAUCGGUCCUGAAUGUGAAGCUUCUUCACGCUAAAACCACGUCCAACUAAAGGACACGCCAAGAUCUACUGAGCCAUCGAAAUCUAAACGACACUGGAAUUCAAACUCCUCGAAUGUUACAGAGCGAGGGUUCCCCUCCCACUUUCAAUCAAUAAGUGUUCUUCCUGAAAACUUUUCAAGUUUGACCGAGGCAGAGUUUGCUGUAGCAUAGCUAAAGAUUGUCUAAUUUAUGUUUUUGCACUUUAACUGUCACUUAACAACAACUUCCUGUGUGGAUAGAUUGUCGGUGUCCUGUCUCAGAUUCUACAUGGUGUAACUAAGUGUCUUGCAAAAUGUGUCAGCAGCAUCAGAAUAAGAGACUGAAUGUAGGAAAGACAGAACAUUAGCACUGUUGAAUGUUUAUAUAUUCGCACAUCGUCUGUUGUAUUAGAAAUGUAUUUGAAGGUACCUUUGUGCAGCAAUGGUGCUUGACCAAGAAAUCAAGGUGGCAAUACCCACACCUGUAAUGUAACUAUGUGACCAUGUGUAAUUUUGCACUGUGCCAGACCUGUUCCAAUGAAAAAGCAUCGCUGUCUGACAUGAAGCAAAGAGAGAAAUCUGAUCUUAAUGAGACACAAAUGUCUGAAAUGUCUCCAUAUUUGUUAUCCACUGAGAUCAGCAGAAGAACAAAGGAGAAGAAGAAGAAAAAAUACAGUGAAUGGUGGACUUCUUAAGCUCGAAAGUUUGAAAAGUGCUCACCGACACCGACCAGCAAUACAGCACAUGUUAAAACUGCGUCUUUUUGUGUUAAUGUCCAAAUUCGCGAAAGCCUGUGAAGUAGAAACGGCUGUUUUUGGAAGUCUGUUUAGGUCAGCAUGAGGUCACACACAUGUCAACUGUAUGUACAGUGGAUCCGAUCAUGUUGUACCCGUCAUUGUCGUUAUGACUCGAUGUGUGGUGACGUUCCCAACAUCUGUGCUGUCGAACAAUUUUUUAUGCAUGCCAAAGAGAGACAUUUACUACAUUUAGUAUGCACAAUUUUGUUUAUAAAAACAGGAAACAAGAUAUUUGGACAAGUCAAACGUAGAAAAAUAAAUGGUGUUUACAUUUGA